CACAUCGGGGACACGCUUGAUUUCGAAUACCGCGAAUGCAUCACUUUCCCGGGCUAAAAUUGAGACGGCAGCCAAUGUGACGGCCGCGUUGACUUUACGCUUGGCACUAAGCUAACGCUAUUAGCCAAUAGCUGAGUGCUAACAGCGAGUGCCUUUUGUUUGUACGCAUCUUGUCCUGUCCUCUUUCGUCCGGUGUGUCCGUCUUAAAAUGGCAUUCAAAGCCUUGUGUCGAGCGGACGCCUUUAAAUACCUCAUUGGUCCGUGCAGAACCACGUUGGACUUCGAUAAGGGUCCUUUGAGCAAGGCAUGUAGUUGCUACUUUUCGACAUCCAGCCAGAGAAAUUCACAGUUCUACUCCAGUCCUGCGGAGGCAGUCAAAGACAUCCCAGAUGGGGCGACCAUACUGGUUGGAGGCUUUGGAUUAUGCGGCAUCCCGGAGAAUCUCAUCAACAGUUUACUAAAGACGGGCGUGAAGGGUCUCACGGCAGUCAGCAAUAAUGCUGGUGUUGAUAACUUUGGCCUCGGCAUGCUUCUUCAGACCAAGCAAAUCAAAAGGAUGAUCUCCUCGUACGUUGGGGAGAAUGCGGAGUUUGAGCGACAGUAUCUUUCUGGGGAGUUGGAGGUGGAACUCACUCCACAGGGCACCUUAGCGGAGAGAAUCCGAGCAGGCGGCGCAGGGAUUCCUGCCUUUUUCACAGCAACUGGCUACGGCACACUGAUUCAGCAGGGAGGCUCUCCUAUCAAGUACAACAAGGAUGGAAGCAUCGCCAUUGCGAGUGAACAAAGAGAGGUACAGGAGUUUAAUGGCAGACACUACAUCAUGGAGAAGGCCAUCACUGGAGACUUCGCUCUGAUCAAGGCAUGGAAAGCUGACAGGGCUGGAAACGUUGUGUUCAGGAAAACCGCUCGAAACUUCAACCAGCCGAUGUGCAAGGCAGCCAAAAUCACCAUAGUUGAGGUUGAGGAGGUUGUGGAUGUCGGUACGUUUGCCGCAGAGGAUAUCCAUAUCCCCAGCAUCUUCGUCCACAGGGUUGUCCACGGAGGCAGCUAUGAAAAAAGGAUUGAGAAACGCACAGUAAAGAAAAAACAAGAGGAGAAGCCCAAACCGAAGAAGGAUUCUGAUAUCGUCCGGGAAAGGAUCAUUCGUCGUGCAGCUUUGGAAUUUGAAGAUGGGAUGUAUGCUAACCUCGGCAUUGGCAUCCCCAUGUUGGCAAGCAAUUUCAUCAAACCGGACAUCACUGUGCAUCUACAAAGUGAAAAUGGAAUUUUGGGACUGGGCCCGUACCCCACUGAUGGUGAAGUAGAUGCGGACCUCAUUAAUGCAGGCAAGGAGACGGUCACAGUGCUUCCUGGAGCUGCCUAUUUCUCCAGCGAUGAGUCCUUUGCCAUGAUUCGAGGGGGCCACAUCAACCUGACAAUGCUCGGAGCCAUGCAAGUGUCAAAGUACGGAGACCUCGCCAACUGGAUGAUCCCAGGUAAGAUGGUGAAGGGAAUGGGUGGAGCCAUGGAUUUAGUAGCCAGCGCCGGAACCAAGGUGGUGGUCACCAUGGAGCACUCGGCAAAGGGAGGUAAACACAAGAUAUUGGACAAGUGCCUUCUGCCUCUGACAGGGAAGCAAUGUGUGGACCGGAUCAUCACAGAGAAGGCCGUGUUUGAUGUGGAUAAGGCUAAAGGGCUGACUCUGGUUGAAGUGUGGGAGGGGAUCACUCCAGACGACAUCAAGGGGUGCACCGGUACAGACUUUGAGGUGUCCCCCAAUCUGAGGCCCAUGCAGCAAAUCUAGAAGUGGAUCGGUUUUGUGUUGUAAUAUCCUCAAGACAGGUCAAAGUGCUUUUGAAGUGAUUCUUGAUAAGCUGCCUCGUGUAAUCAGCGGCCGUAGUCAUUAAAAUAGGAGGCCACUACUGUAAGUUAUUAAUUUAACAGUGGCUUCUAAACAUAAUUCCUCCAAAAGUUACCGUCCUGCUUGAACUCUGUUGCUAACCAAAACAGCAGCACCUUAUAUUCCUGAUCCAUUAACCAAAAACUUUGUGCACGUCCAUGUUUUUGGUUUAAAAGGGCUUUUUGGCUGUUUCAGUUCUUGCUAUUCUUCCGCCUUUCUCCCUAAUAAACUCUUUU